AUGGGCCAAGAUGGUUGUGAAGGCCAAGCACUUAAUGGCUUCCCAUCCAGCAAUGAGUGUGACCACGAGAUUUGCAUCGAUUGCUUGGACAAAAUGCUUACUGAAUGUGAAAUUACCUCUUCACCGCCAGUAUGUCCUAAUGCAUUAUGUCAUCAACCAUAUGCGAUUGAUUCAGUUAUUGCGCUUAAAGCAUUUUUCCCACAGCGCACCAAAUAUUUCAAUCAUUUUGCGCUUGAAAAUCAAACUUAUUUUCUCAUUAAAGAUGAAUCAAUUUCUAAAUCCGAAAUAUCACCAAAUUUUACGGUUAGUUCACGUCGAAUGGAAGUGAAAUGUGAACUUCAAGGACCAGAUGAAAGUAAUCAAACGACUGUUAUUUUUGACCGAAAGGGUAAUGUAGCAGAUUUCAUACGUGAAAUACGUCGAGCAUUGAAAAUUUUACCACUUGAUAAAGUUUAUGGAUAUUACAUACGACGCGAUUAUAACAAAAACGACGAGAAAUGCAAUGAUCGAGAAGAAUUAGUGAUGGAUGCAAAAUCGAUCGAUCGUUCAAUUAGUGAAUUAAAUUUAACAACUGAUAGUGUAGUGAUCGUUGAUACAAGCGGUAUUGUACAAAUGAAAACAUUGUAA